GUUUGGCCAAAUAGAUCUAUCAAGCCGUGGUUGAUAACCCUCAAGUGAAAACAUGGCCCCCGAAAACAAUGCAGCAUGGCUCACGGCCAAGAACGCCCACCCUCUCAAGGUCGGACCGGCCCCCUACACGCCCCCAGGCCCCAGGGAGAUCGUGGUGCGGAACCAUGCCGUAGCCAUUAACCCGGUAGACUGGGCCAAGCAGCUGAUGGGGGACACUCUGAUGGGGUACGUCAAGUACCCCUUCAUCCUUGGCGGCGACAUAGCCGGCGAAGUGGUCGAGGUUGGACCCCAGAUGCAACGAUUCCGAGUCGGAGACCGCGUGAUCGGCUGUGGCCUGGGACUGGCUCCCACUGUGAAUCGUGCUGCCGAGGGUGCCUUCCAGCAAUACGUCAUCUUGCACGAACACAUGGCUGCCCCGAUCCCCGAUGAAACUCCAUACGAGCAGGCCAGCGUGAUCCCGCUGACGCUGACUACAGCUACCUAUGGCCUCUUCCAUGCUGAAUUUUUGGGUCUCGACCUGCCCACCGUUCCCGCAAGAGCGAAUCCCAACGGCCGCGCCGUAAUUAUCACCGGGGGCGCGUCUAGUGUGGGCAGUAACGCAGUGCAGCUGGCUGUGGCGGCGGGGUACGAGGUAUACUCGACCUGCUCGCCCAAAAACUUCGAAUAUGUGCUGGGACUCGGCGCGACGCGGGUCUUUGACUAUCACAAUACCGGCUGGACCGAAGAAAUGAUAGAGGCCCUGCGCGGUAAGCCCAUCUACGGCGCAUAUACUGUGGGGGAUGGGGCAGUGGAAGCGUGCACCAAGAUCCUGCAACGACUGAAGAAAGACGGAGGAGAGGUGGAACGAAAGAUUGCCUUCGCGGGAUCCCAUAUCCCUGCCGAUAAGCUGAAAACGAUGCUCGGGACAGCCAGUUUUCUGGGCUCGAUGAUAUGGUGGCUCGGACGCACCGCAGUUGUCUCGAGCAUUACUGGUGUAAAAGCGCAGUUCGUCGACACCAAGGAUAUAGUCGAUCCGGAGAGCGUGGUUGGUCGGGUCUUCUCUGAGUUCCUGCCCCGGGCCUUGCAGACAAAGCAGUUCAUCCCGGCACCUGAGGCGAGGGUGGUGGGCAGAGGUUUGGAGGCUAUCCAGGAAGCCAUGGAUAUUCAGGCAAAGGGAGUGUCGGCGUCGAAGAUUGUCGUGACGCUGUAGUGAUUUACUCUAGACUUUGGAAGCUUUCUCAUAUCUGAGUAUUAAUCAGUUUAGUAUAUCGAUUUCAUAGGAUAUAAAUUUCUUACUGUUUGUACCAUUGAUACUGUUAUGGAAGUCCCAGGAGCUAGGUAAAUCGAUGAACCAGUCCUUACAC